CACGCGCGGUGCCAUCACCCACACUGUCGAGCGACUAACAUGGUGGGGCCCAGCGUGUCCUAACUCCAGCAAAUGGCAGCGGGCACCGGGGACAAGGUCUGGCCAUGUACCGUGAGCUGCAGCGAGCCGCCGCCACAGCCUUGACUGCUCCUUGUGGCUGAUCCCGCCCGGGGUUGGGGACAACGAGGCGGCGUGCGGGGGUUAAGGUUGGGUUGGCGAGGGACCCACCACGUUUGUUGCAGCGAGUGGGCGAGAGGGUGAGAGGGGGAGCGACUCGGCCGUCCUCUCCUCUCAUCUCAUCUCAUCUGAUCUGAUCCACCAUAUUGCGCCGCCGCCGCCUGCUCUCCUGCCUCACUCCUUUUGCAAUCUGUUCUUUGCACAAAUUUCUCCCCGCAAGUCGGAUUUUCUCCUGCAGUAGGAGCAGCAGCAGGAGGAGGGAGGGCGAACAUUCUCUUUAUUCUCCCAGCAGCAGCAAUCCCGUAAAAAGCGCCCAACAGAUUAUUUGUCGAGAUUGAAGCACAAGGGGCGACCCAGCUGCUGGGGGCACCGACGAUGGCUACCGACGUGGAGACUCCAAUGCUCCAGCCCACCGACCACGACACUAGUAGUAGCAGCAGCAGCAGCGGCAGCAGCGGCGGCAGCAGCAGCAGCUCUCAGGAAGAGCCGGCCGCCUGCCACCGGCCCCCAUCGCCCGGCUCUGGGGGAGAGGAGAGACCAGACAGCGACCUGCUGGAGAGGCUGGAGCCGCAGCCCUCAGGCACAGAGCUGGAGAUAGAGCUGAACAAGGAGAACGACCAAAACCAGCAGGAGCCUGCGGAUAAAUCGCUAAAGAACUUCACCGAAGCGCCCCCUCCUAAAAUCAACCCGUGGACCAAGAAGAAAAACAUGGUCACCGCCAACAGCGUGAACGUCAGCAGUCAGGAGACAGUUUCAGAAGCCCAAAGUGCAACCAAAGUCAUCAAGGCAAACAAGCCCAAGACGAUAAAGAAAUCUGGCAAGGCAAGUGAUUUCAGUGACAUCACAAACUGGCCGACUCCAGGAGAGAUGGCUAAUAAAGAGCAUCAUAACAUCAUGAACCAACCAAGCAAAAAGCCUCUGAAUAAAAAUAAGAAGAAAGAUAAGACUGAAAAGAAGGACAACAGUGAGAGCAAAGAAAAUAGAGAAACGCUCCAAAAUGAUGAUGAGGAGAAGUCGGCCAUUGAUGAUGAAUCCCAGGGAUCUUCACAAAAGGGGAAAAAAGCCACAAAGCAUAAAUGGGUUCCGCUACAUCUAGAUGAAGUGAAGCAAGAUGGGCAAGAGAGACCAAGUUCACGCAACAGUUCACGAUCUCAAUCGGAUACAACGCGAUCAGUUCAAAACAACAAAAGAAAUGAUUAUUCAAGAAGUUGGCGCCGGGAUGACAAGCGUGAUCGAGACAGAAGGGAAGACGCUGAUGAAGUUGGCAGCGUUAGGAGUGAGAGCGGUGGCAUGCGUGGAGGUUUUAGAGGCAGAGGUCGUGGAAGAGGGAGAGGCAGAGGGCGUGGCAGAGGAAACUCGCAUGUGAAUUAUGAUUACCCUUAUGGGUACAAGCAUUCAUACGAGACAUCUGACCAAUAUAUACCAGAAUACAACACUAACAUGAUGUACUAUUAUGAUGAUGGAAGUGGAGCGCAGAUGUACACUGUGGAUGAAACUCUACUGAAGGAGUACAUAAAACGACAAAUCGAAUAUUACUUCAGUACCGAAAACCUGGAAAGAGAUUUUUUUCUACGGAGGAAGAUGGACGACCAAGGUUUUCUACCCAUUUCCUUGAUUGCCAGUUUUCAUCGAGUGCAGGCACUAACCACAGAUGUAAAUCUUAUUUUGGAGGCUUUAAAAGGAAGUACAGAGGUACAAAUUGUGGACCAGAAGAUGAGGAAAAAAGAGUGUCCUGAAAAAUGGCCAAUUCCGGGCCCGCCUGUUUCUGAUGUUCCAAGGACUGAUUUCUCUCGUUUAAUCAAUUGUCCAGAGUUUAUACCUGGACAAAUGUAUGGCUCUCAAACUGAAUCUGCUCCUAGUUCCCCGAGGCUGGGCAGUCCUGUUGAUGCAAAGACAAAUGUUGAAACCAGUAACCUUCAAACAAUGUCUAAAGGACUUUCUACAAGUUUACCUGAUCUGGAAUCAGAUCCUUGGAUUGAAGUGAAAAAGAGACACCGGCCAUCACCACUUAAUGUGAAGGAAAGUGAAUCGCCCAAGCCUCAACAAACGCACAAACCGGAGCAAGAAGAACAGGAGGAGCUCGAUUUCAUGUUUGAUGAAGAAAUGGAACAGAUAGAGGGCCGCAAAAAUGCCUUCACUGACUGGUCAGAUGAUGACUCGGACUAUGAAAUUGAUGACCGUGAUGUGAACAAGAUAUUGAUUGUGACCCAGACUCCACCUCACAUGCGCAAACAUCCAGGUGGUGACCGUACAGGAAAUCAUGUUUCUCGAGCAAAAAUCACCACAGAGUUGGCGAAGGCUAUCAACGAUGGGUUGUACUACUAUGAACAAGAUCUAUGGAUGGAGGAGAAUGGACCAGAAUAUUCAAUGAUAAAGCAAGAAAUUGAGAACUUUAAGAAGUUGAAAGUCAUCAGCAAAGAGCAUUUUGAUACUCUCGCACCUGAACCAUCAAUUGAAUCACACCAAGACGUGCCUCCUGCACCACCAAAGGCCCACCCAGAUUAUACUGAAGAAUUAGCCAACAAGCUGUUUGGUGUUCCAGAGCCACCAAUUUCAAAUCUAGCCCGCUCUCUGCCUACAACUGUGCCAGAAUCGCCAGUAUGUUCUGCCAGAACGCCAAGGACACCGCGUACACCUAGGCUACAAGAUCCGAAUAAAACUCCACGUUUCUAUCCUGUUGUGAAAGAAGGGCGGCCGUUGGAUAUUGAGACUCCAAGGAAACGGAAGACGAGACAUAGUUCAAAUCCCCCACUUGAAUGCCAUAUUGGCUGGGUUAUGGAUUCUAAAGAACACAGACCAAGAACAUCAUCUGUUAGUAGCUCAAAUGCCAGUCCUUCAGAAGGCACGCCAUUUGUUGGAAGUUAUGGCUGCACACCAAACUCGCUGCCCAAGUUUCAGCAUCCUUCACAUGAGCUUUUGAGAGAGAAUGGCUUCACCCAACAGGUUUACCACAAAUAUCGUCGGAGAUGUUUAAAUGAGAGAAAGCGAUUGGGAAUUGGGCAAUCCCAGGAAAUGAACACGCUGUUCCGUUUCUGGUCCUUUUUCCUCAGAGAUCACUUCAACAGGAAAAUGUACGAAGAAUUCAAACAGCUGUGUCUUGAAGAUGCAAAGGACAAUUACAGGUAUGGGUUGGAAUGCCUAUUUAGAUUUUACAGCUAUGGACUAGAGAGAAGAUUCCGAUACGAUAUAUUCAAGGACUUCCAGGAAGAAACAAUAAAAGACUAUGAAGCAGGUCAGCUCUAUGGAUUGGAGAAGUUCUGGGCUUUUCUGAAGUACACCCAAACCAAGCAUUUACCAAUAGACCACAAACUGCAAGAAUACCUGAGCAAUUUCAAACGACUUGAGGACUUCAGAGUUGACCCUCCAUUUGGUGAUGAUGUUGGCCGAAAGCGACGUUCUUCUGGAACGGAUGAGAGCGGCCGCAGAAGGCAUCUAUCAAACUCUUCUACUAGUAAAUCAGUAAAUGCUGCUAAGUCCUUACUCACCAAUCAGCCUCAGGUCUCGACAAACCCUUCCAAGUGGGAUGCAUCUUCCGGGAAAUGUGAGACUAGGAGCCAGAGUACUGCUGCCAUGACUACCACUGAGCCUGAAACUCCCGAGAAAUAGACUUUCUGUGUCACAUCUCCCUGCUUAUACAAAUCACAUCAGUAUUUUAAGCUCAAGGACCUUGUCCAGUUUUUAGACUGCCUCAAUGAAAGAAACAAAAAACUUGAAAAUAUUCCUAUUACUUUCAGUUUUGGGGGUUGGGUUUUUUGAGUUUUCUUCACCAAGCUGUUUUAGGGGAGGGGAGCUUGGAAUCCUACAAUUUGUCACUCCCCUCACUUUGAUUUUCAAGAUUACCUUGAGCUACUGUUUACAGAAACGCAUUCCUGCAAAUAUGCAAAAAUGACACAUUUGAAUUUUGGGAUGCCUUACAUUUCAAUGAGGAUUUCUCAUACUUCUUAAAGAAGAAAAUUUUAUUUUUUAGUCCAUUACCAUAGUGCUUUUGCAGCCAGUUCCUCCUAUUAUUAUUAAUUAUAUAUGCCUAUAUCAAAGUACAAAUUUAUUGCUGGAAAGUAUACAAUUGAAAUUACUUGGGUAGGUAGAGGAAAAUCUGGAAAGAAAAACUUGCAUCCAAGAUGGUUGUAACCAGGGUUGCAACCUGAUUUAAUAGCUUAGUUAACCAGCGUUGAAAACUGGUUGUGGAUCAUCUUGGAUGCAGAGUUCUAGGUUUAAAGCAGUUGGUUACCUAGUUACUGACAAUUUAGUGGAGAUUGUUACAAAAAAUGAUUCAUACAGAUGGUAUUGUUUGGGCUUGAAUGAAAGUAGAACUAAGGAAUGUGUGGCUUUUUAAAUAUGGUCUUCUGAAUCACUAAUAUCUUGCACUGCUUAAAUUACCUACUGCAUCUUGCUGUGCAGGUCAAGAUAAAAUUGCAGAGUCUUCUCGUUUCAGGAGGUACUGUGUGGUGUAUGAGAGGUGGCGUGGAUUUAUUUCAUCACUUUAUUUUAUGCUUGUAGUGUGCUUUUCAGUAAAGCACUACAAUUGAUUUGUCAUUUUCUAAUGCUAUUAUAUUGUUGUAAAAUGUUCAAAUUUUUUGUGGAAAAUUUACAAAAAAAAAACAAGUGCACAUUUACUGAAGUGAUUUUUGUUUAAUUUUGCUCUUGGGGAUUAUUAAGACGGUGUCAUUAUUUUAAAUUAUACUUAACGAGGGGUGUGGGUUGCCGGUUUGUUUUUGCAAGGUUGUAUUCACAUCUGUGAAAAUUACUGGAAAAGCUUCAAAAAUCAGACGUGUAUUUUAAAUGUAUGCUAUUAGGAAUGACAUCCUAAUGCAACUAGUGAAAACAAUCUAAUGGUCUUCCUAUCUGUUGAAUAUAGGAAAAUCUGGGCAGUGCUAUGAAUUACUGCUGGUAAUUAGAGGGCUAGUAUGAACAGUAGCAGUGUGGAAUCCACAUAUCUACCAUUAUAAAUAUGCUACAGCUGUACAUGUUUUAAUUUACUGAAAUAACACACACACACACACACGCACACACCGUAAUGUAUAAUCUAGGCUUAAACCCAGCUGAAUGGAGUAAUUGUAAAAUACUUAGAUGAAAGAUUGUAUAUACCAUUCAAAGUAAUCAGUUUAGAAUAUUUACCUUAAUUUUUUCAUCUAAUGAAAUAAGUGUGCACAUUUAGCAUUAGCAUGUGUAAUUUGUGGCAAUCUUCCCAACUUUUAUAAAAAUGCAUAUAAAAACAUACAAAAUGAAUCGGAAAACAUAACUGGUUGCACUUGUGAUUCUUUGGAGAUUUGUUUUGAAAUAAGAGCAACAAAAAAACAGCCACAGCUGGUGAAGCUGUGUUUUAAACAGGUAAACUGCAUAUCCCUUCAUUAUUUGUAUUGGUUUCACAGCUCUGCCCCAUUUUAAAUCUCUCCUUUCAAUCAAAAACUGUAGCAUGUGAUCUUUUUCUGACAAAGCUCCUCAAGCCAAACACUGGUGGGUGGAAAAUGUAACUGUGCCUUGGUUUCUGAGUUUUGUUUUCCUGGGGAAUGAUCCGGCCUUUGCUGCUGUGCCAACACAAUCUGCCUGCUGUCUGUCAGUCAUUAGAUUGCUAAAACCUAUUCUCUUCGUGGUCACUCUAAAAUUGGAGUCAUUAACGGCAACUUCAGGAAUGCUUCUAAAUUCUCAGAAACCUCAACGUUUUCAUUGCCAUCUUUCAUAUUUGUACACAUCUGUUCAACUAUCAGGUUUAAUUAUUGCAUGUAUUUUCUGAUUCCUGCCAUCAUAUUCAUUGUGUAGUUUUGCAUUUGUGUGUGUAGAUCUAUGGUGAAAGCAUGCAGUGUGGCAAAAAUAUUCUGACCCUGAUAAUAGUUUUAAAUCAGCUCACAGAGAACACAUUUAUCAAAAUAAGUAUGUACCUUAUUAAGCAGUAAACCUAGCAACUUGCUACAUUUGUAAAUAUAUUAAAGUAUCACUUGUGCAUAUAACAAAAAUGACCUGAAUAUGUAUAUACAAAUCUGCCCACUGUUUUUUUUUGUGUGUAAUUCAAUUUGAUGUUUUGAGAGUUCAUAAAAAUUACAAU